AUGGAAGGUCAGUUUAAACCCGGGUCAGACUUUGCCAAAUUCCUCGACAACAACGAUCCUCUCGGAUACGUCCGAAAGAGAUUUUACAUAAAGGAAAACUGUAUUUACAUGUGCGGAAACUCGCUAGGGCUAGCUUCCAAAGAUUCUGAAGAGACAGCUCUAAAAGUGUUAGACAAAUGGAAGAACGAAGGUGUUAAUAUUUGGAAUGUAGAUGAUAACAAAUACUAUAUGUAUUCAAUGCAUCUAGCUAAACUAAUGACACCCAUCGUUGGAGCAGAUCAUGAUGAAAUCGCCAUCGUGUCAGCUACCACAGUUAAUAUCCAUCAGCUGAUCAGCACGUUUUACAAACCCACUAAGGAUCGUUAUAAAAUCCUAAUAGAUAAUAUUAAUUUUCCCACAGAUAGGUACGCCAUAGAGAGCCAAGUGAGAUUAAAGGGUUACACACCUGAAGAGGCGAUAAAAGUAAUUGAAUGUACUGACAAAUACAUCGAAGAAGACGACGUUAUAGCUGCCAUGACAGAAGAUGUGACAAUAGUAUUUCUACCAGUUGUAUAUUACAGAACAGCUCAAGUUCUAGAUACGAAGAAAAUAACUGAGGCCGCAAAAGAGAGAGGAAUUCUAAUUGGCUGGGACUUAUGCCACGCAGUUGGAGUGCUAGAAAUGGAUUUUAAGUCUUUAGAUAUAGAUUUCGCAGUUUGGUGCACCUAUAAAUAUUUGAACGGCGGUCCUGGAUCUCCUGCGGCUCUAUAUAUAAACAGGAAGCAUUUUAAUCACCAGCCUGGGUUAGCCGGGUGGUUUGGAAACCUAUCGGAGACACAAUUCAUGUUACGGCAAAAUUUCGAACAUCGGAAAGACGCAGGGGGUUGGCAGAUAGGAACACCGCCUUUGUUGUCCAUGGGAGCUCUGGAGGGAUCCCUCAAGAUAUUUGCUGAUGUCGGCAUGGUGGCGAUUAGAAAGAAAUCAUUGCGGAUUACGGGAUACUUAAUUUACUUGAUUGAUGAGAAGUUGACCAAGUUUGGUUUUUCGGUUGGCAAUCUCCGAGAAGACAGUAAGCGAGGCGGGCACGUGUGCCUGGAGCACGACGAAGGUUAUAGAAUAUCUUUGGCAAUGAAAGCAAGAGGCGUGAUUCCUGAUUUUAGAGACCCCAACGUGAUACGUCUCGCACCGACAGCUCUGUACACUAGCUAUGAGGAAGUAUACAAUAUGGUGGACAUUAUAAUCGAUAUUGUUAAAAAUGAAACUUAUAAGGAAUUUAGUGUAAAGCGUAAUCUAGUUGUAUAG